AUGGGACCUGGUGAUCCCUUUAAUCCCGAUAGAGACAUCCCCUCUCUCGCAGGCAAAGUCAUUCUCAUUACAGGUGGCAAUGCUGGUAUUGGCAAACAAUCAGCUCUCGCUCUGUCGAAACACAAGCCCUCGGAGAUUUGGAUUGCUGCUCGUAACGCCAAAAAGGCUGAGACAGCCAUUACCGAGAUCAAACAACAAAGUCCUGGCGUUAAUGUCCGCUUCCUAGAACUGGACCUGUCAUCUUUUGCAUCUGUUAGGUCAGCCGCUCAGACCCUUUUGAAGUCCGUCUCACGGCUUGAUGUCCUUAUGCUCAAUGCCGGUAUUAUGGCAUGUCCACCUGGCCAGACUUCGGAGGGAUAUGAGGUGCAGUUUGGCACGAACCACAUGGGACAUGCCUUGUUGACUAAAUCUCUGCUACCACUCCUUACCCACACUGCCUCGUCAGUUCCUAGAAGUGAUGUGCGAGUCGUGAGCGUAAGCUCUGUUGCCCAUAAGUUCGGCCCCUCGGGCGGCAUUCAGUUCGACACUCUCAAGUCUACUGCCAGCGGAAUGUCAACCACCGAUCGCUAUGGCCAGAGUAAACUUGCCAAUAUUCUCUUUAUAAGAGAACUCGCCUUGCGCCACACUGAGUUGACCGCAGUGUCGAUCCAUCCCGGCACUGUCAAAACAGAUCUACAGAAUUCGAACGGCGGUAGUUGGAUGCUCAGUGCAUUUCAAAAGUUCGUUGUUCCUCUGGUUGGAGUAAGUGUAGAAGAAGGGGCAAAGUCUCAGUUAUGGGCUGCCACAGCCAAGGGAGUUAAGGCCGGGGAGUAUUAUGUUCCGGUUGGUGUAUCGGGGAAUGGGAGUCAGUUGUCCAAGGACAAAGUCUUGGCAAAGAAGCUGUGGGAUUGGACCGAGAAGGAGUUGGAGUCACAUGUUUGA